UUUCUUUGGAUUCAAAUUUCCAAGUUGCAGAAGAGGUCAAUUUCAAGUCUCGCGAACUGUUAAGGGUAUUUUCGUCCAUGUAUAACUCAGGAACAUGUCCGUCCUCUGUUCCCAACGGCUUAAUAAUCACAUGCCCUGUGACCACCAUAGACCCUAAUUCUAACUCCUUUACCAAAUCUGUCUGUCUCAGACAAAGGGGAGCGGAGAACGACCGCAAACUACAACCUUUUCAACAAUUCCAGCACACAUACUCACAGAAGCGGGUUAUUUUGCACAAUUCCCAGGGGUGUUUCCGUCCACCAGCGAAAGUCGGCACAUUCUGGACGCCGAGUCCGGUCGCGCUCCCCCCGUCCCAAAUCUGAACUCCCCCCGUCUCCUCGCUGUGGAUCGCUGGAACUCGACAGAGCGGAAGAAGAUCCCGUCGAUCGACCUUGGCUCCGAACCGGUGGCUGGAGAGGAUGCAGACAGACGAUGAGUGGCUCGCUCCGGACAAGCUCUACCACGUGCUCUUCUGCUUCUUCGUUGCCCUAGCUUCCGCGGAGCUCACGCGCCGCUGCGGCCACUCCUUGCUGCGGAGGCGGAGCAUUUCCAUCGGGAGCCUCGUUUCUACGGCAGCCGGAGCCGCGAAGGAGAUCGGAGAUGAGAUGGGCUUCUGGACCUCAGGCGGUGGCUCCAUCAAGGACGCCGUCGCCGACCUCUCCGGCGUCCUGCUCGCGGCGACCAUCCUCUGGGCCUUGGCCUUGCCUCCGCCUCCGCCUCCUCCUAAGGGAUCGCACGAAGAUCCCUACCGAUUCCACGGGGAUUCUGCCGUCUGAAACUCUCCCCUCUGCCUCUGAUAUUUCCGGCUAUUUUGCCGGUGCCGGGAUCUGUAAGCGAGGACAUCUUUUGCCGCCGGAGGAAUGACUAAAAUGUUCAUAACACGAUCGGUCAAUGCCGAUUAGGGGUUUUGACUCCGAUAAAAGAACGAAUGAGAUUCGUGCCCUUUGUAAAUACUAAAUAGUUGUAAAUGCUUCGCCAAGCUGUUCAUCAUGAGUGACAAAUGAAUGAAUCAGUUUACGGCUCAAGCCCCUGGCGCCCAACCUUUACCAUUCUGAAAUUAUGAAAGGUAGGUUGUUGCCCCUCGGCUCUCUCUCAGACUCUCAGUUGUUGAAGGCUUUUGAGAUUAUGUAUGAAUAGGAAAAUUUCUUUGAUUUUUGUUAA